CAUGGCAACGCGUGCGGAGUUUGUCAUGGAGGCGAUGGAGGCCCUCUGACUUCAUGGAGUAAAGACUAUGCGUCUCAGCAAGGGCGCUGUUUGACGAGAAAGGAAGACGUGGCUAUCCAAUCCUCAGACCAGCAAAUAUAAUUUCAUACAAAAUAUGGUUCGGCUAACAUUGGAAUUAAUUGUCAAAAGCCUCAGCCAGAAGAACCGCCGUGACGAGUCCUUGGCCCAGCACCUGAGAAAAAUAACUCACCUCAAGCUAGCUAACAAAAAUAUAGAUAUAAUUGAUGACCUCUCUUUAUGUAAAAACAUUAAUGUUCUUUAUUUAUAUGACAACCAAAUCAAAGAAAUACAUAAUUUGGACUUUGCCUCAAACCUAAGACAUUUAUAUCUGCAGAACAAUUGUAUUACACGGAUUGAAAAUUUAGCAUCAUUAAGCAAACUGGAAAAAUUGUAUCUGGGUGGCAAUUACAUUACUGUAGUGGAAGGCUUAGAUACUUUAGAAGAGUUGAGGGAACUGCAUGUUGAAAGCCAGCAACUUCCCUUAGGAGAAAAGCUCCUAUUUGACCCAAGAAGUCUUCAGUCAUUGGCAAAGUCUUUAUCAGUUUUAAAUAUCUGCAAUAAUAAUAUAGACGAAAUGAGUGAUCUAGCAGUUCUGGAGAAUAUUUCCCACCUCAUAGCUGUUGACAACCAGAUUCAACAUAUAAAGGACCUGGAAUUUGUUCUGAGUGUAUGGACCAAGCUAUCCAAAAUAGAGCUGAGUGGGAAUCCUGUUUGCCAUAAACCUAAGUACCGGGACAGGGUCAUAUUGCAGUCAAAAUCACUUGAAUCUCUUGAUGGAAAAGAAAUAAAAGAAUUAGAAAGACAAUUCCUGAUGAAUUGGAAAGCAUCCAGAGAUGCCAGGAAGAAAAGCAAGACAGAAAGCACAGCAAAUGAACAAUCGUCGUUUUCACAUUUUGAUGAUAAUGACUCAGAACAUACCCAUUUUCCUGUGUACUACUUCCCAAUUCCUAAAGAAAAACCCAACUUUCCUGUUUUCACUGGAUCUCCUCACAAUAAAGAAUUCCAUCCGACAACCAAUGAAGAAAACAGAGUUGUAGAAAAAAUCAGCCAUUCAACCGUGAAGAAUUCUCAAAAUGUACAGAAAGAUCUAUUUGAACCUCAUUUGCUUAGACAAAUGCCUCUAUAAGCAUCAUCAUUUUGUGUCGUUAAAGAACAAAUGAGUACAUCAAAAUCUAUGAGAAAGAAACAUCUAAUCCAGUUGGAAGAGCUUUAUAUUUGCCUGCUGAAACCAAAAUAUCACUAACUGUAUUUCACUGUGAGCAUAACAUAUUUUCAUAAUACAAAAUAAUUAUUUUGAGUAAUAGUUCCAAUGUACCUGUAUAACUUUGUGGAUUUUUUUAAAGCUUCAGAUAAGCUGUGCAACAGACUUGUUUAUGAAUAAAGGUUCUGAUACUCACAUUUUUAUUUAAAUUACUGGUGAACUCUGAAUUUUAUCCACAAACAAAAUAUGAUGCUGACUGCUGUGGGGUAGUUUGAUAGAUCAGGGCAGCAUCCUGGAAAAAUGCACAUGACAUGGGUGGCUCCCUGAACAGAAAAAGAUACACUGCUACACUUUCAUACAGGGUCCGCUUAUAUCCGUG